AUGGAUUUCUGGAGUGCACAACUCCUACACGUUGUUCGGAAUGAUAUGUUUUUCUCAAGUAAAGAAGAGUUGAUGCUCGACAUUUGUUCAUGGAAUAUUGAAUGUAACAAAGAGAUGUAUGUCAUUGAAAGCACAACAAAGAAAUGGAGAUCUAGAUGCUACACAACAAACCCAAAGUGCAACAUUAAUCUUCACAGCGGCCCGCCUUGUGCGUGGUAUGCUAAUGCCCGUAGGAAGACCAGUGAUAGCAUGUGGCAACUCACUAGAUGGGUUGAUUCACACAACUGCUACAGGACUGUAGUGGGGAACAGCAACAGAUGUAUGAAAUCUAAGGAUAUUGCAACACGAAUCCUUCACCACAUACAUGAUAACAUCACAUUUCCUGUAAAGAGCAUUCAGGCACAUAUAAAAGACCGUUUGGGUGUUGAUAUUUCUUAUAGCAAAGUGUGGCGGGCUCGGCAAGAUGCAGUCGAGAGGAUUUACGGUUCUUGGCUAAGUUACUUUAGGAACUUACCGACGUACAUUGAUUCAUUAAAAAAGCGUAACCCUACAACUUUUGUUGAAUGGUUACACGAACCCAAUGGUUCAUCCGAGAUUGAAACUUUUAAAUACGUGUUCUGGGCGUUUGGGCUGGUGAUAAAUGCAUUUCAAUAUUGCAUGCCAGUUGUAUCCGUUGAUGAGACGGUGGAAAGUUGGACUUGGUUUUUCCAACAUCUGUGGGAACACAUCGCAAGGCACCGCGGGAAAAAAUUGUGUGUUAUAUCCAACAUGCACAAGGGUAUUAUUAACGUAGUUAGUAAUCUUGCAGUAUGGCGACGGAAUGUUGUUCAUCGUUUUUGUCUUCGGCACAUUCGAAGCAACCUGAUGCAGAAGUUUAAGAUAAAAGAACUAAAGGAAAUUUGUUGGGAUAUUGGUAGCACCACACAACAAAGGAAGUACGAUCAUUCGAUGGAUUUGAUGAAGGGCAUCCUGCCAGAGGCGUGGGAGUAUUUAGAAGAGAUAGGCGAAAGUAGGUGGACUCUUGUACAUGAUAGAAACAAUCGUUGUUGGGGAACACUAACGACUAACAUCUCGGAGAGCUUUAACCAUGCGCUAAAGUGA